AUGAAGGACCGGCUAGCAGAACUUCUGGAGUAUUCCAAGCGCUACGACCAGCAGUUCCCAGAUGGGGAGGACGCAUUGGACUCAGCCCACGAGGACAUCGUGUUCGAGACAGACGACAUCCUGAAGUCCUUGUACCGAGACAUCCAGGAGCUUCAGCAUGAAAACCAGCUCCUUACAGCUGACGUGAAGCGGCUGGGGAGGCAGAAUGCCCGCUUCCUCACGUCCAUGCGGCGCCUGAGCAGCAUCAAGCGUGACACCAACUCCAUUGCAAAGGACAUCAAAGCUCGAGGAGAGGCCAUCCAAGGCAAGCUGCGCAACUUGAAGGCACGGGCCGAGGAGGCCAAAGCCCAGUACGGCGAGCACUCGGCUGUGGCGCGCACCGCGGGUGCACAGUACAGCGCACUCACCCGUACCUUCCAGCUCACCAUGCUCGAGUACAACCAGGCUGAAAUGAAGCAGCGUGCCAACUGCAAGACCCGCAUCCAGCGCCAGCUCGAGAUCAUGGGCAAGGACGUCUCGGGCAACCAGAUAGAGGAUAUGUUUGAGCAGGGUAAGUGGGACGUCUUCUCUGAGAACUUGUUGGCCGACGCGAAGGGCUCACGGGCGGCCCUCCAUGAGAUCGAGAACCGCCAUCGCGAGCUGCUGCGGCUAGAGAACCGAGUGCGGGAAUUGCACGACCUUUUCCUGCAGAUGGCCUUGCUGGGAGAGGAGCAGGCCGACACGCUGAACGUCAUCGAGCUCAAUGUGCUCAAGACCAGAGACUACAUGGGCGAGGCCAAGGCCCAGGUGCGCAAGGCUGUGCAGUACAAGAAGAAGAAUGCAUGCCGGACCCUCUGCUGCUGCUGCUGCCCUUGCCUCAACUAG